GAUGCUGCGUUCACACAAACUCACGCAUCCAAUACCCCUCUCUCUCUCUCUCUCUCGUGUGGUAAUUUGUGAGGCACGUUCAUUAACUGACUCUUCACAAAAAAGAAGAGAAGAUGGUAAGCGCUGCAAUUGCUCGUAACGUCGUCGGUGUUAUAGGCAACGUCAUCUCUUUUGGAUUGUUCUUCUCACCGGCACCAACUUUCUAUAGAAUUAUAAAGAGGAAGUCAGUGGAGGAGUUCAAACCUGAUCCUUACAUAGCAACAGUGCUAAACUGUGCGUUUUGGGUGUUUUAUGGGCUUCCAUUUGUUCACCCUCACAGUAUUCUCGUUGUUACUAUCAACAGCGUUGGACUUGCCUUCGAAUUUGUCUAUCUUACCAUAUUUUACAUUUAUGCCACCAACAAAGGACGGAAGAAGGUAGCGAUUUAUCUUGUGAUUGAGGCUAUUUUCUUUGCCAUGAUUGCUCUUAUAACGUUGCUAGCACUGCAUGGCACUCGCAAAAGGUCGUUAGUGGUUGGUGUACUGUGUGAUAUAUUCAAUGUUAUGAUGUAUGUCUCCCCUCUCACUAUCAUGGCGAAGGUUAUAAAAACGAAGAGUGUGGAAUUUAUGCCAUUCUGGCUCUCUCUCGCUAACUUCCUCAAUGGCGUGUGCUGGACAACAUAUGCUCUCAUCCACCCCUUCGAUCUUUAUGUCUUGAUAAGCAACAGUAUUGGAGCAGUGUCUGGACUUGUUCAACUAAUAUUAUAUGCUUGCUACUGCUCCUGCAAGGGAGACAAAAACAAUGAUGAGAGUGUCUAUGGCACAAAACCAGAAACUGCGGUUCAACUCUCUACUACUUCAAAUGGAAGGGUUGCAGUUCAAGUUUGAUGAUCACAACUCCUCCAAUAUCAAAUCCUUUUGCUUUUUUAAUUUUUUUUCUGUUGUUUAAUUUUCGAUCAAGACAGUAGCAAUUUAUAUUUUAUUUAUUGUUACAUGUUUUGGGUAGUUACUGUUGAUGUAACAUAUGGAAAAUCAAAUCCAUCAUCGUCCCUUUAAUAGUUGAAUAAUUAAAACUA